UCAGAAACAGUCGAAAUGUUGACCCGAGUGUCACGUUUUGGGCCCGUUUUUUCCCGACUCCUGUCUCAUUCACCGGCACGGUUCGUUACCCAGUCAAAAACAACUGGUGCCGCUGGUUCGACCGCUGUGACGGAGCUGCACCCUCCUGCGGACAAGGCUGGACACGGUGAGGUCAGCCAGUAUGUCAAGAAUCCAGAUUUCCAUGGCUUCUCCAGUGAUCCUGUAGUGGAUGUGUGGAACAUGAGGGUGGGCUUCUUCUUUGGCAUUUCAUUGGCUCUUGUUAUUGGAGGAACAUUCAUCCACUAUCUACCAGAUCAUGGAAUGCAACAGUGGGCCAGAAGGGAGGCAGAGUAUGUGAUCCAGCAGAGAGAGAAGGAGGGGCUUCCUCUCAUAGAUGAGAACUACUAUGACCCAAAUAAGAUUGUUCUGCCCUCAGCUGGAGAAGAGUAGGAUGUCCCAACAUCCACUUAAUGUAUUUUGUGAUUAUUGUAUUCCUUCAUAAUCUAAUAAAUGAUGUUCUUGGUGAA